AAACCUCUGGCCGAGUGCCCGUUGACUAGCGAUAGUCAACAACCCUCCGCCAAUUCCAUUGCAGCGAACAAUCGAGCAUUCCAUUGGCGCCAAACCAGAUGGAAAUCUCCGGCUAAAUCCGGUAGGCGCGACGAUGAGAAGGAAGUCCAACAAAAAAUCGAUGCCGAGGCCCCAACAAAAACCGACGAAGACGGCUUCUUCAUCCUCAUAUUUCAAACUGAAUCACAGGAAGACUUCCCUAACAGUUUCGGCAAUCCUAGCGGUAUGUUUGAUAGCUCUCUUAAGCAUUUCGUCGAGCAGGGAGCGUGCUUUUGGAGCUUCGAAUCACCCCUUCCCCGAUCAGCUUCUGUACACCGGCGAAGUAAUCAACGAGUUCCCUCACGAUCCAGACGCCUUUACUCAGGGUCUACUGUAUGCUGAAAAUAAUACCUUAUUUGAAUCAACUGGACUAAAUGGACGAUCAUCUGUUAGGAGAGUUACUCUUUCAACUGGCGAGGUAGAAGCUAUUCACGUAAUGCAGUAUUCUGAUUUUGGGGAGGGCCUAACGCUACAUGGUGACAGGUUAUAUCAAGUAACAUGGCAGCACAAUACUGGUUAUAUAUAUGACCGGCAUAAUAUAAGCAAAUUUGAGGGUUUUACUCAUGAAAUGCAUGAUGGUUGGGGAUUGGCAACUGACGGGGAAGUUUUGUAUGGCAGUGACGGAUCUUCAACAUUGUAUCAGAUUGAUCCUUAUUCUAUGAAAGUCAUAAAAAAACAUACUGUGGUGUAUCAAGGGAGAGAAGUGCCGAAUCUCAAUGAGCUUGAGUUUGUCAAUGGUGAAGUUUGGGCUAAUGUGUGGAUGACUGAUUGUAUUGCUAGAAUCUCUCCAAAAGAUGGCAUGGUGCAGGGAUGGAUUCUCCUUCCCAAUUUAAGAGAAGGAUUACUAGCAAGUGGGUACACAAGAAUUGAUGUCCUGAAUGGCAUAGCAUGGGAUAAAGAUGGAAGCCGUAUUUUCGUGACUGGCAAACUAUGGCCCAAACUUUAUGAGAUCAAAGUGCAGCCUUUGAAGACCCCAUUCAAUGGAGAUAUCAAGAAGAUGUGCAUUCCUCCAAUAGCCCAUUUUUGAGUGCCAUGUAAAUCAAAGAUUGUUUUUUUUAGUUGGUGGAAAUUGUUAACUCUUUUCCCUAACCUCAUUGUUGUAUCUUAUACGGAGUAUCUUGUAAGGAGUGUAGCCAGUGAAGUUAGUUAAACACAUGUUGCUUUUGGGUGUCAAAAGAGUAGAACCAAGUUUGAAUCUGGACAAAUGUAUUGAGAGACUAUCAUGCAAAACAUGAAGUCUCUACAAAUUUUGUAUCCGGAUCAAAACUCUACCCUAUAUCGACUAUCAGCUAGAUUGAGAUUAG